ACUCUUAAAAUACGAGGCUGGGAACGAGAUCGACAAGGCCGAUUGCGUCAUCAGGAUGAACGACGCUCCCGUCCUCGGGUUCGAAAAGCAUGUCGGGAGUAAAACCGCCCUGCGCGUCUCAUGUUUCCAAUCGGUGUAUCUGGUUCCCGCCAACGGAAAUCUCUACGGGAAGGUGGGAAAAUCCGCGCUGCUGGGGUGGGGCCCAGCGAAAGACAUGGACACUAAGACGGGAAAGGCGCACCUAAAGUUAAAGCUCUUGAGCGAGAUGAACCGAGACUUGGAUGUUUACGAGCUGACUCAGGAGAGGAUGGACUACAGCGGCUAUGUUUUUAAGAAAGAGACCGGAAAAUCACUAAAAGCUUCUGGUACCUGGCUCAGCACGGGUUGGUUCAGCAUGCUGGUCGCCAUGGAGAUGUGUGACGUCAUCAGAGUAUACGGACUGAGCAGCGAGGACUACUGCAGGACCCAUCCCAACGAUACGACGAAGUACCACUACUAUGUAAGCAUGGCCAAACAUCUGGGCACUAACACCAAGGAGUGCGAAUACUACAAUUGGAAUGAAAGAACUCGAAACGGUGCCCACCGAUUCUAUACGGAAAAAUCAAUUUUUGCACGCUGGGCCCCACAUCGCAACAUCACGUUCCACUAUCCUUCUUGGAGUCCAUAAGAAAGACACUCGCAGUGUAUUAAAUAAUAUGCCGUACAAUGUAAAUGCUGCUGUGUGUAUGUGUCAUGUGUGUAUCCAGGGCCUCCCUGAAAAGCAGUGCUAGUCACUGAUAACUUGACCUGAGCUAGCCCUGGUAAAAGAAUACAGAAAUAAAUAAAAAGAUGGGAACAAUGCAAUGAAAACCCUUAUUGGUAAAAUCUGGUCAGUUUUGAUGUGGCUAUGGAAGGAGAG